AGACACAGCUCUCUAAAUGCUCCCGAGUAUUGCGUAGUUACGUGUUUCCGGAAGACGUGGCGAUCGCUAAAAUUGUAACGGUGCGGCUUUUCGCCUUGAUUUCUGCCUUACACGGAAGCGAGUUGAUAAGGCGCAGAAAUGAUCUCCCUAACCGACUCGCAGAAAAUUGGGAUGGGAUUAACAGGCUUUGGUGUGUUUUUCCUUUUCUUUGGGAUGAUCCUGUUCUUUGAUAAAGCUCUGCUGGCCAUCGGAAAUAUCUUGUUUGUUGCAGGCUUGUCAUUUGUUAUUGGCCUGGAGCGCACUUUCAGAUUCUUCUUCCAGCGACACAAAGUGAAAGCUACAGGAUUCUUUCUGGGGGGUGUGUUUGUGGUGUUGAUCGGAUGGCCGAUCAUCGGCGUGGUGUUGGAGAUUUAUGGCUUCUUCCUCCUUUUCAGGGGCUUCUUCCCGGUGGCAGUAGGCUUCAUUAGAAGAAUACCCAUUCUUGGGUCACUGCUUAAUCUUCCUGGCAUCAGUGGGUUGGUGGACAAAGUCGGUGAAAGCAACGCCAUGGUAUAACAAAAACAAAGUGCAUAUAUCUUUUUUCCUCUGUGUUGUCACCACUUAUUUAAACUCUUCAAUCUUGUUUGUAACUUGACGCCCUUUUGGCAACCAGUCAAUGCCUGGAAUGAGACUUUCUCAUGUUUGAGAAAAGGCCGUAUGUUUACGUGGCACAUAAGGUCACCUUAUAAAAGCGAUUUGACCAAUAGAAAGCUGUUAUUUCUGGGAACUGAUCCACAGCCCAAAUUGGGCUCUGCUACUUUCUCUGCUACAUACCUCCAUCAGAGAGGUAACACCGACUUGAACCAACAGAGGGUGUUUUAAUUGGUGUACCAAUUUUUCCUGGCUUCUGAACGAGCUGCUGUGGAGGAACAGAAUUUUUGCUAUUUCAGUCUUAGCUUUCCUUGCCGCUGUUACAGAAUCGAAAGAUGUCCAUGUGUGAAGGUGUUACUGGAAAUCUGAAAUCUUGUUCCGGUGCCAACUUUUUUUUUUUUUUUUUUUUUUUGUGCUGUAUUGAAGCUGUUGCAAGAACGGCACACUUUAUGAGCCACAAACUCUCAUCAUGUUACUGGCUCAGGAAUUAGUAGCUUUUGUGAAACAAACAUGAUACUACAUGUAAAUACGUAUUUUAAAUAAUGUAUAAGACCGAUGUACAUUUUUUUACACAGAGACAGCAACAAUUUAAUAAAACUCUCAAUGUCUGUA